GUGGGUGCUCCAUUGUUCCACGGGACCGUUUGUUUCGCCGUGUUUCCUUUCAGCUAACAAAACUUUCCCGUCACUCUGAGCAAAAAUAUCGGGCUCCACCAGGCUUUGACGGCCCGGAAUAUUGGAAUCGCUCCACUUCAAAAAACAUCAAGGAUGUACAGCUUCAUGGGAGGUGGCUUGUUCUGCGCCGGAGUGGGCAACAUUCUCCUCAUUGUCUCCACGGCAACAGACUACUGGAUGCAAUACCGCCACUCCAGCAACUACAUGCACCAGGGCCUGUGGCGCUACUGCGUGCCCGGGAAAUGCAUGACGCACACGGACAGCAUCGCGUACUGGGAUGCCACCCGGGCCUUCAUGAUUCUGUCCCUGCUGGCGUGCUUCAUCGGCAUCGUGAUCGGGGUCAUGGCCUUCAUCCACUACUCCUCCUUUGAUGGCUUUGACAAGACGUUUGCAGCCGGCAUCCUCUUCUUCAUCUCCUGCUUCUUCGUACUGCUGGCCAUGGCAGUGUACACGGGCGUGACAGUCAACUACUACGGUAAACGCUAUGGGAGCUGGCGCUUCUCGUGGUCGUACAUCAUGGGCUGGGUGGCGGUGGUGCUCACCUUCUUCUCAGGUAUCUUCUACAUGUGUGCCUACCGCAUGCAUGAAUGCCCGCGGAACUCAAACUCACGCUGAUUUGGCCGAGACGCGUGAGAGCCGUACACACGUGUGCCGGCCGAUGCAGUACCACGAUAUCGUGGAAUUAACCUCGAGGAAUGAAACACCCUUAUGAACUCUACCACCGUUGACGCUUCAUGAAUAUUCAUCAAGGAGCUCAAUAAAGGAGAA